AUGAAUUCGUCCCGACGUGCCGAUCAAUUCACCGAGUGUCCGGGACCGUGCAAUCCACAGAACAGAGUAUGUCGAAGAACCUGCGUGGAAAACGUCAUGUCGAUUUUAGAGGAACUUCCUCCGUGCGUUCGAUCGAGGCUCCGCCAAGAAGAUUUGUUCUCGAUCUUCGCGAACGAUCGAGAGUCGGAAGCAGCGCCGGUUGGUGACGAUCAGCUGAUGAAAUCGAUACAGAACGUUUGCUCGAAAACGGCGCGGAAAUGGAAAAGGGAAUCGUCACCGACGAUCACCGCUCGUGGUAGAUCGGACGAUGGAAGAACGAUGCGAGACCAGAGCACGGACGACGCGUGCCUUCCGCGAACCAGGCAAGAGGAAACGACACAGACGAUGGAAGAGAAACAGAUCCAAACUACGGAAGAAAUUAUCUGCGAAGUAACGUCGAGAUACAGGUCAAUCUCUGCGGGAACCAACAGCCUUCGGCAACGCAUCCAAGACGCGUCGAUUCUAGUUCGAAGCAUCGCCAGGCGUGGAAUAUGCGUAUUUCCAUCGGCGAGUUCGUGCUCCUGCCGUUUGAUCAACACUACGAUCUACGUCGUCUUGCUGCUUUCGUUGGCGAUAUUCGCGAGGCACAGCACGACUUAUCAAAUCUUUUUGUCCAGUCAAAUUUGUGGAAUCCUCGCUAUUCUAAGCUGGAGAUUCUCCGGAACCGUCCCGUUGUAA